GGUUAGAACCACUCCUUAGAGUGGUACAUGAAUGAACCAUUACUAUCGUUGUUCCUGUCCACAGGGCUAUAGAGUAGGUGCCAAUGGUCAGACUUGCCAAGAUAUUGAUGAAUGUGCUGAGCAUAAUAUUGAUUGUGGACCUGACAUGAUGUGUUUCAACACCAGGGGAAAAUUUGAGUGUGUAGAAACACCUUGUCCUCCAAAUUAUGAUCGAGAUCCUACAACAGGAUUCUGUCGACUUGAAUGUGAGAAAGCUAACAUUGCUUGUCCACCCAACUCCAAGUAUGCUGAGGUUUUGGCUUUUAAGAUGGUGGCGCUACCUAGUGGUAUUCAAGCUUAUCAAGACUUAGUUCGUCUUUCAGCAUACGACCAUAGUGGUGUCCAUCUACCCAAUACUAUUUUUACAAUCAUUGAAAAUGAAACUGGUAUUCCCUUCCGAAUUCGACUGGAAGAAGGUAGAGGUGUCCUGUAUACGCUUCAAGCCUUGGAUUCAAGUCAAGAUUAUCGUAUGAAGGUUAAUGCUGUGUCUGUUGACAAUGAACAGCAAACAGUCCAGUAUUCUACCAAGUUUCUUAUAUAUAUCUCGGUUUCUGAAUUUCCGUAUUGAUUAUUCGUAAGCACGGAGUUUCCUCCAAGCAAAUGCUUCCUAAACUGUAAAAUUUCUGUUCGUUUUAUGUUUUCCACUUGCGUAAGUGAUCAGUCCAAUACAGAAAGUAUUAUUAUUAUAUAAUUCAUUUUGUAAGAAUCUACUCACAAGCACACUCUAAAUCUGUAAUUUUAUGUUGAUUUUUGAGUUCUGUGUCUUGUCCAUCUGUAUGUUGAAACACUAAUAAAGAAAUUCACUGGAU